CGCAUCAACGACAGUUGCGUUUGGACGCUCAUCGAAGCAAGAUGGGUAAGGGCCUGGGUUUCAGUUGUGCCAUCCUAUCACUUGGUGCCUUUAUAGCCUGCUUUGGAGCCUUGCAUCUCCUGAACCAGAUCGUACAAUUGAGCGAUGGGAGUUUGCGUCAUUAUGAGACCCUUGCCUCGACCAAUUCUCGCUGUCAGAAGAUUCUGGAGGUGAACAAUGUGAAUGGAAAUCAUCUCAGUUGGCUGGAGCUGAUCUAUAUGCGCUGGACCGUGGUGUUUGCUCUGCUGUACUCCUUUUCCGUGGUCCAACUGCUGCGUGCCAAGUACAUGAGCACCUUUGAGAUCAAUAUGGCCACCUCCAAUACGAUGAUUCUAGUGGGUUUUGUGCUAUCGACUGUCCUCCUUUCGGGCACUGUGAUGAUCCAUACGCGUGAACCCUUCGUGGAUGCCUGGUGCAAUGAGUUCAUUUACUUGUACUUGUACUUCAUUGCAAUGACCACCAUAGUGGCGGUGGCCUUCUUCCUCAGCCACUCCUGCCAUCUGCAUCGCUCCCAGGUGAGGCAGUGGGGUAUGCGUAUAGAAGCACGUUAAUAUACCACUUUUCGAAAAGCAAAAGGAUAUUCAAGGACCUGGUAUCCAAAUACAAAAAUUUAAAAAAAAAAUCGAAAAGCAAUGAUUUCAUUUCUUUCUUUUUUCUUUUUA